GAGCGUUACUUGGGUGGGCUCAAGAAACGCCGUAGAACCCGUCACCUGAAUGACAGGAAGUUUGUGUUUGAGUGGGAUGCUUCUGAAGACACUUCAGUUGACUACAACCCAAUUUACAAAGAAAAGCAUCAGGUACAGCUGUACGGGCGAGGCUUCAUCGCCGGCAUCGACUUGAAGCAGCAGAAAAGAGACCAGUCACGUUUUUAUGGUGACCUGAUGGAGAAAAGACGCACACUGGAAGAGAAGGAGCAGGAAGAGGUAAGACUGAAGAAGAUGCGUAAGAAGGAAGCCAAGCAGCGCUGGGACGACAGACAUUGGUCUCAGAAGAAGCUGGACGAGAUGACGGACAGAGACUGGCGAAUCUUCAGAGAGGACUACAGCAUCACCACCAAGGGAGGAAAGAUCCCGAACCCCAUCAGGAACUGGAAGGAGUAUUCGCUGCCCGCACACAUCCUGGAGGUCAUCGACAAAUGUGGCUACAAGGAUCCGACACCUAUUCAGAGGCAGGCCAUUCCCAUUGGUUUACAGAACCGUGACAUCAUUGGUGUGGCUGAGACAGGUAGCGGUAAAACAGCUGCUUUCCUUAUUCCACUGCUGGUCUGGAUUACUACCCUGCCAAAGAUUGACAGGAUUGAAGAUUCAGACCAGGGUCCGUAUGCUGUGAUCCUGGCCCCGACUCGUGAGUUGGCGCAGCAGAUUGAAGAGGAGACCAUCAAGUUCGGUAAACCGCUUGGCAUCCGCACAGUGGCUGUGAUUGGAGGAAUCUCCAGAGAGGACCAGGGCUUCCGUCUCAGGAUGGGCUGUGAGAUUGUGAUCGCCACCCCUGGUCGUCUGAUCGACGUGUUGGAGAACCGGUACCUGGUCCUGGGCCGCUGUACCUACGUGGUACUGGAUGAGGCCGAUCGUAUGAUUGACAUGGGCUUCGAGCCCGACGUCCAAAAGAUUCUGGAGUACAUCCCAGUGACCAAUCAGAAGCCAGACACUGAGGAAGCAGAGGACCCUGAGAAGAUGAUGAUGAACUUUGAAUCUGGAAAACAUAAAUACAGACAAACGGUCAUGUUCACAGCUACUAUGCCUCCUGCUGUGGAGAGACUGGCCCGGAGCUACUUGAGGCGUCCUGCUGUCGUGUACAUCGGGUCUGCUGGCAAACCUCAUGAGAGAGUGGAACAGAAAGUCUUGCUUAUGUCCGAGGGAGAGAAGAGGAAGAAGCUGCUGGAGGUGUUGUCGCAUGGCUUCGAGCCUCCCAUCAUCAUCUUUGUCAACCAGAAGAAGGGUUGUGACGUGCUGGCCAAGUCUCUGGAGAAGAUGGGGUACAAUGCUUGCACGCUGCACGGUGGCAAAGGCCAGGAGCAGAGAGAGUUUGCGCUGUCCAAUCUCAAGGCAGGAGCCAAAGACAUCUUGGUGGCUACAGAUGUUGCUGGUCGAGGUAUCGAUAUCCACGACGUCUCUAUGGUGCUUAACUACGACAUGGCUAAGAACAUUGAAGACUACAUCCAUCGUAUCGGUCGUACGGGUCGUGCUGGUAAGAGUGGUGUGGCCAUGACUUUCCUCACUAAAGAGGACUCGGCGGUGUUCUACGACCUGAAGCAGGCCAUCCUCGAGAGCCCGGUGUCCACCUGCCCUCCAGAGCUGACCAACCACCCGGACGCUCAGCACAAACCUGGAACCAUCCUGACCAAAAAGAGACGAGAGGAGACCAUCUUUGCCUGAUUUACCCUGAACUCUAUCCAUUUGAACACACAUACACACACAACUGUGUUUUAAACUGUUGUAUCAUGUUGUAUCUCUACACAAUAUGCAUUUCUGUUUUACUUUCAGGAUUUGGUCUGCAGAUCAUUUCUUAUGUUCUUUUUCAACCUUGCCUCCCCAUGCUUGUCUUUUCAGCCAGUCUGUUCGUAGAAAAGAACACAUUGUUUACUGGUGCAGAACCAUCAAGCACUGGUUUGGGGAUUGUCUGGCUCAAAUGUGGCUAAGACAUAUUGAUGUGUGUGAAUUAGAAUAUUUUUACUCUGUUGAAAAUGUGUAAAUGAGGACUCAGUGGUAGAGGUUUGUUUUGCUUCUGUAAACAAGAGCCAGGAUCAGUGAGCAGGACCCAGAUGAUGUAACUGAUAUGCACUGUUUAAUUGCUACUCUUCAUAUCAAAUGUGAUAAAUACCAGCCAGGAUGAGUGUAGAUGAGUAGUAAGUGCAUUUUAUUAUUUGUAUGUUAUCAUAGUUUUCUGACUGUUAAAGAGACGAUGGCCGUUUCUUUCGCUUCAGAUGCAUCCUCUGGCUAAAUUGCAAUUCAUCAUUUUAAAUAUAAACAUUUGUAUGAAGUGAAUACAGUAAAUUUGUCAAAUUUA